AUGCAAUUCCCAUUCUCUACCUCCAAUCUGCCUAGGCAGCUAUUCGUGAAUAACGAAUACGUAGAUGCCCGGAAUACCACAAAAGCCAAAGUGUUCAACCCAAGCGACGGCAGCCUUGUGGCUGAAGAUGUCCCAGUCGCCGGUGCGGAAGAUGUUGACUAUGCAGUGUCUUGCGCAGAGAAGGCGUUCCCAGCCUGGAGAAAGCUAGCACCAAAAGCACGUACCAAGAUCUUGCUGAGAUUCGCAGAUCUUGUCGAGCAGCACACUAGUGUCCUGGGAGAUCUUACACGUUUGACCUUGGGAACAACUCCUGCAUUUAAUGAGUUUGAAGCAGGAUUGGCAGCCGAUGGCAUUCGAUAUUACUUGGGCUGGAUAGACAAGUUCAAUGGAGAAACUUUCCCGCAGGACGAUGGGUUCCUUAAAAUCAUCCGGCAUGAGCCACUGGGAGUAACGGCAGGCAUUGUUCCCUGGAACGGACCACUGAUCACACUCGGCCUAAAGGCUGCUCCUGCGCUUGUCACUGGGAAUUGUUUUAUCUUUAAGCCCUCGGAAAAGACGCCAUUUGCAACAAUCGCCCUCGGAAUACUAGCAAAGGAGGCUGGCCUCCCACCAGGCGUUUUCCAAGUACUCCCCGGGGAUGGCACUACAGGUGCACUCCUAGCUAGCCAUAUGCGCAUAAGGAAAAUAAGCUUCACCGGCAGCAUUUCCACAGGAAAGCGAGUGCAGGAGUUGGCUGCGAAAUCCAACUUGAAGCGAGUCACCCUCGAGCUGGGGGGAAAGUCUCCGGCUGUCGUCUUCGAUGAUUGCGAUUUGGGAAAUGCCAUCAAGUGGACUGUUGACGGAAUCACUACUUUCAGCGGCCAGGUGUGCGUUGCAAGUAGUAGGGUCUUCGUUCACGAAAAUAUCUAUGACAAAUUCCUAGAACAAUACGUUGCCUCCUUACGUGAAAAAGCAAGUAAGCUAGGGGAUCCCAGCGUGCCUAGAACAGAACUUGGGCCACUGGUGGACGAAGCACAGUUCAAUCGAGUCAGCGGAUUCAUUGAAAGAGCACAAACCGGUGGGGGCGGUAAGCAAUUGACUGGAGGCCCACGCGAAAACCAACAGGGUUACUAUAUUGACCCUGUAGUCUUUGAGGAGCCUGCACUGGACUCCGAGAUUUACAACCAGGAAAUCUUUGGGCCUGUUUCCGUUAUUCGAAAGUUCAAAACUGAGGAGGAAGUGCUUGCGUUGUCUAAUAACUCUGAAUAUGGCUUGAUGGCAGGCGUUUUUACUCAGGAUAUCAAUCGAGCAAUGCGAAUUGCGGCUGAGUUCGAGAGCGGAAUGGUGGGCAUCAACUGUAUCAGUCUGAACUUCCUUUCUGCACCUUUCGGAGGUGCUAAGCAAAGUGGUCUAGGACGAGAGUGCGGUAUCAGUGCACUUCAUGCAUUUACUGAACCGAAAACUGUAAUGAUUAACCUGACGUACUAG